CUCUUCUCCCCACCAUCUCUAAACCCAACAAACCCUAAAUUAAUUCAAACAAAAACAAAUUCCCAAAUCCCCAAAUCUCAAAAAUGUCAAACCCUAGAGUUUUCUUCGACAUGGAAGUCGGCAACCAACCUGCCGGAAGAAUCGUGAUGGAACUCUUCGCCGAUUGCGUCCCCAAAACCGCCGAGAAUUUCCGUGCACUUUGCACCGGCGAAAAAGGUACCGGUAAAAAAGGUAAACCUCUUCACUACAAAGGCUCAUGUUUCCACCGUGUGAUUCCUGGUUUCAUGUGCCAAGGAGGUGAUUUCACCGCUGGAAAUGGUACCGGUGGUGAAUCAAUUUACGGCGAUAAAUUCGCCGAUGAAAACUUCGUGAAGAAGCAUACUGGUGCUGGUAUUCUUUCCAUGGCUAAUGCUGGACCUAACACUAAUGGAUCUCAGUUUUUCAUCUGCACUGCUAAAACUGAGUGGCUUGAUGGUAAACACUGUGUUUUUGGACAGGUUGUUGAAGGUCUUGAUGUUGUUAAGGCUAUUGAGAAAGUUGGUUCAAGUGGUGGUAGAACUUCUCAGAAAGUUGUUGUUGCUGAUUGUGGUCAACUUUGAGAGAAUUAUUGAAUAUUCUCUCUUAUUAUGAUCAUAAUAAUAUCUAUGAUGAUGUUAGAUCUUAUGUGAUCUUUAUCUAUCUAUUUAAUUUGGUUGUUUUUAGGGGUUUUAGGAAGAACAAUGAGUGGAAGAGAAGAGAUUAUGGUUUAGAAAUUCAGUCUCUGUUAAUCAAUCUGUGUUUUUUUUGUUUCGUUUUUUUUUUUUGUUUUAGUGAGUUGUGUUGGUGUUGUUUAAUGGUGGUCUGAUGAUCAUGAUGCUUCUCUUGGGACAUUGGAAAAUAAUGGAAAUGCUAUUUUUAAUCUCA